CAUUAUGUCAGGGUCUCUCACUUCGAUUCUUGAAGUCUGUCAUUUAAUUUUGUCUUCAAAUCGGAAGUAUCCAAUGAUUGUUAAUUCCAAAUCUCCAUAUAUGUUAUGCAAAUUGAUCCGAUCACAAAGUCCACAUCCAGAAUAGCAACAGGACAAAAUCUCCAUCUAGCAUAGGGACAAGACAAUUCCUCGGAGACAACCUGAUUACACACUAACAGACCUGUGAUACAUCUGUGAUGUCAUGAGGAAAUCAAUUUCACCAAACACCAGUUCACAACAGAUAUUUCUGCUGCAUUUAAAGUCCUGUACUGUAUAAAGUGAUGAUAUAAUUUCCCGUGAGACAGAGUUGAUCUGCUGUUGAAUGUAGAUGUCAUAUUGUUGUUUACGGUAACCUUGUGUAGGGAAUCUGUCCAUCAUUGAGGUCCGUGAGGCUGUGAGUAAUGCGAGGAGGCUCGGGUGUUUACACAACAGUGCUGGUGCAGUACUGCAGAUGUGCAGUACUGCAGAUGUUUGUUAUGUAGCUAUGGGUACCUAAUGAACGUUACCAGACACGUGUACGUACACACCCAGACACACGUGUACGUACACCCCCAGACACACGUGUACUUACACCCCCAGACACACGUGUACGUACACCCCCAGCACAGCCGUUAGUGUGAAGGACAUUGCUGUACCUGUUUGCCAAAGAAAGGACCUGGUAUACAGUUCUCAUCACUGAAUAGCUGGGCAGUCUGUGUAGUUUAACGUCCAAGACAUGGAGCAUACAGGGGCCUACUAUGUCCAGUCUCAGCAGCGCCAGGCCGCCUCUGCCCGGUCACUCAUGGAACAUAUCUCUAAACUGGACAUUGACUCGGAGCCACACGAGGUCAGAAAAUCAGGCAUCAUCUGUACCAUAGGCCCUGCCUGUCGGGAUGUUGACGUUCUACAGAAGAUGAUCAUUGAAGGAAUGAACAUAGCUCGUCUCAAUUUCUCACACGGAACUCACGAGUACCAUGAGGGAACUAUCAAGAACCUUCGCACAGCCAUCGAGGGAUUCUCUAAUCGCCGUCCGGUGGCUAUCGCCCUGGACACCAAAGGGCCUGAGAUCAGAACGGGACUACUGGAGGGGGGGCCAUCAGCAGAGUUGACCCUCAUUACAGGAGCGACCAUUAAAAUAACUACUGACGACCAGUACAUGGAGAAGUGCUCCAAGGACGUGCUCUGGGUCGACUACAAAAAUAUCACCAAGGUUAUGAAGGUCAAGGACAGGAUUUUCAUUGACGACGGCCUGAUCUCGGCUGUCGUACAAGAAGUAGGGGCAGACUUCCUCAUGUGUCAGAUAGAGAACGGAGGAGACCUGGGCAGUAAGAAGGGCUGCAACCUUCCAGGGAUCGCUGUAGAUCUACCCGCUGUGUCGGAGAAGGACAAAGCUGAUCUACUAUUUGGUGUUAAACAUGGUGUGGACAUGGUGUUCGCCUCCUUCAUCAGGAGUGGUCAGCACAUCCAAGACAUCCGCGACGUCCUCGGUCCCGACGGUGCUAACAUUAAAAUCAUUGCCAAGAUUGAGAACCACGAAGGAGUGAAAAGAUUUGACGAGAUCCUGAAGGAGACGGACGGAGUCAUGGUGGCUCGUGGUGACCUUGGCAUAGAGAUUCCGGCGGAGAAAGUCUUCCUCGCCCAAAAGAUGAUGAUCAGUCGCUGUAACCGCAAAGGCAAGCCAGUCAUCUGUGCCACACAGAUGCUUGAAAGCAUGGUGAAGAAGCCGCGACCAACCAGGGCCGAGUCGAGUGACGUGGCCAAUGCCGUCCUAGACGGAGCUGACUGUGUCAUGUUGUCAGGAGAGACUGCCAAGGGAGAUUACCCACUUGAGUCGGUCAAGAUGAUGCACAAGAUCUGUCGGGAGGCUGAGUCGGCCGUGUAUACCAGUCAGUACUUUGAGGAGAUCCGUAAGGAUAAUGCCCAAAACUUUGAGGUCACUAACACUGUCGCCAUCGCUGCUGUCGAGGCAUCCUUCCACUGCAACGCUGCCGCCAUCAUCGUCAUCACUACAACAGGACGGUCUGCCCAACUGAUUUCCAAGUACCGCCCCCGAUGCCCAAUCCUGGCAAUCACGCGCAAGGCCCAGACUGCUCGCCAGAGUCAUUUAUACCGUGGCGUGUUCCCCAUACAUUAUGCAGAACCACGAGAAAAUCUUUGGACAGCAGACAUGGACAAACGUGUGUAUGAAACGAUCGGCUUUGGUCGAGAAAAGUGCAUCCUUAAAACGGGUGACCUGGUAGUGUUAUUGAGUGGUUGGCAAGCAGGGAGUGGCAAUACCAACACGAUCCGUAUACUGACAAUGUCGGACGGAGAGAACACGCCCAUUCACCAUUGUCUACCCAACACCACCCAUACUGAUUAAACAUCACCAACCACCUUACUGAAGUGCCCUGAACAUUUUGAACAUUUUACCUGUGAUAGUCAGUGCCAUACAAUUCUGUGAUACAACAUACCUGUAUUCCCUCAGUAAUUAGUAUUGGAGUUCUCCUGUGAUACAACAUACCUGUAUUCCCUCAGUAAUUAGUAUUGGAGUUCUCACCCUCCCUCCAGAUCCCUAUGGAGAACCCCCCAGAACCUACCAGUGCAUCGUUCCAUAAUAUGUAUACCAUUAUAUACCAUUAGUGUUGUAUUAGGCAGCUCAAACGGACCUUCCUGUAACGAUGAAUGCAUCAGUGUAAAAAUAGGUGUACUAUAGCUGUUAUUGCAAUAUUAGACAUCAGGGGUGUUUAAAAAUCAUCUCUCAGGGAGCACUUCUACAGACCUUCUUUAAGAUCAAGAAACAUGUAAAUGUCCAUUUUUUCAAAUUUUGUUCCACGUCUAUUUCAAAAUAAUUCUCCUAAGCAUCCAAGGCACUUGUCUUUUACUUUAUAGAUUAUUUAUCUUUACUAGGAAGAUGAUAAUGAAAUUAAAUGAUAGUGUGAGUAACUGAUGCUGGAGAGAAUUUAAUGAUAAUGUUAUUGAGGACCUGCUCCCUUUAUGUAUUAGGGGCCAAAAAGAGGUGUAUCAUGGAUUGAUGUGGAGGGUGCAUAUUACCACAGUUAUGAUAGCAAAUAUUUAUUGAAAGUCUAUUCAAAGGUGUAAUUCCCUUCCCUUUCUAUGUGUACACAAAAUUGUUUAAAAACCGAGCGACAGAGAAAUUUUACAAAAUAUGGUAUACAGAAUGGGCUGGACAGACUGGGGUUGUGUAUGGAAUUUGUUCCUAGUUCAUUGUUGAUCUCGUCUGUUGUCCUUUUGACCUGUUUAUAUUGCUGAUGAUGAAUGCAACAUGUGCAAUAUUUAUUGAAAAUGUUAAUGACAUUA